GGGUCAAAAGAGAGAAAUUAGAGAGCAGAAGGCGCAGGGUAGUGAAAAACAAACCCUAACCCUAAUUGAAUCAGAGAUGGCGGAGCAUUUGGCAUCGAUAUUCGGAACGGAGAAGGACAGGGUUAACUGUCCCUUCUACUUCAAGAUCGGCGCGUGCAGGCACGGUGACCGUUGUUCAAGGCUUCACACAAAGCCCACAAUUAGCCCAACUCUGGUUCUCUCCAACAUGUACCAGAGGCCCGACAUGAACAUCAACAUCAUCACAAACCCUAAUCAACCUCAACCCCAAUCCCAAUCCCUCGACCCCGACAAGGUCCAGGAUCACUUCGACGACUUCUACGAAGAUCUCUUCGAGGAGCUCAGCAAGUACGGCCCAAUUCAGAGCUUGAAUAUUUGCGAUAAUUUGGCCGAUCACAUGGUUGGAAAUGUGUAUGUUCAGUUUAGAGAGGAGGAUCAUGCUGCCAAUGCGCUCAUGAAUCUCACUGGAAGAUUUUAUUCAGGUCGACCCAUCAUUGCCGACUUCUCACCUGUUACGGAUUUUCGAGAAGCCACUUGUAGGCAGUAUGAGGAAAAUGUAUGCAAUCGAGGUGGCUACUGCAACUUUAUGCACCUAAAGAAGAUUAGCAGGGAUUUGAGAAGGCGAUUAUUUGGAAGAAAUAGGAGAUGGAAUGGCCGCAGUGGAAGCAGAAGCAGGAGCCCACCAAGGAAUCGCAACCAUGAGGAGCGUUCACAUUCUGGUCGUAAUUCUGGGAGAAGAGAUUUUGACAGGUCUCGUGGACACCAUGGUAAGAGGCCUAGAAGCCGAAGUCCUCGAUAUAGAGGAAAACGAAGUAGAAGUCCGGCUGGCAGGGAUAGAAGCCCCAUCAGAGAAAGUAGUGUAGAAAGGAGAGCUAAAAUAGAGCAAUGGAACAGGGAGAAGGAACUAGGGGACUCUGGUAACAAUAACAGCACAAAAAGCAAUGAUUCUCAAGAGCAGGGUGUUGCACCAAAUGGCAGUGAAUCUGAUAACCAUCAGAUAUAGCAACAACAUAGUGAUUUGGCCCAAAAUCCUGUAACAAGUGUGGCAAGUAAUCUGGCUUGUGUUGUUUGCAGUUUGCUCCUGUUUAAUUGGUUUUAGUUGUCAUUAUCAUUAUCUUACUCCGAAUUGUCAAUUUAGUUAUAGAACUUUGUAAUAUCCAUAGCAAUAACAGUUUAAUUUUCCGCUUCAAGUGUAAUGUUCUGCAUCCUGGAAGGAGAAAAAUAUGGAAAAAGCGGAGAGUUUUCCUUGUGCUGGGGGAUUAGUGUUUAAUUGGAUAAAGUUGAGCUAUGAAUGUUUCAUAACCUGUUAUUGAGCAAUGUUGGAUAUGUGGUGGAGGGUAAUUUAGAUGGAAAUGAUGUAUGAAUUUCGACUAUGUGAAUAGCUAAAGAAGU